AUGGCAGGCGCUAUGUUUGAUAUUGAAUUGCAAGAUGCAGAUGUUCACCAAGAUGAAUCAGAUGACGAUGCUUUUGAGAUAGAAGAGGCAAGUAAUAAUUCCUUUUACGGUGAUUACGAUACGGAUCCAAAUGUCAAUGCCAUAAUUGAAUCAGAUGAUGUGGAAACUGUUCAACUCUCUGAGCAGAAUGUGAACACUGGCAAGGAGAAAACUGGUCCUCAAGAUUUUGAACUGCGUAAAGUUUUAGGAAAGGGAGGGUAUGGAAAAGUGUUUCAAGUACGUAAAGUUACUGGACAGGACACUGGUACCAUCUUUGCCAUGAAAGUGUUAAGGAAAGCUUCCAUUGUGCGUAAUCAAAAAGACACAGCUCACACCAAGGCAGAAAGAAAUAUUUUGGAAGCAGUGAAGCACCCCUUCAUUGUGGAUCUGAUUUAUGCAUUUCAAACUGGAGGCAAGCUGUAUCUUAUUUUAGAAUACCUUAGUGGUGGUGAACUAUUUAUGCAUCUUGAACGAGAAGGAAUAUUUCUAGAAGAUACAGCUUGCUUCUAUCUAUCAGAAAUUAUUUUAGCACUAGAACAUUUACAUUUACAAGGAAUUAUUUAUAGGGACUUGAAACCAGAAAAUAUAUUAUUAGAUGCACAAGGUCAUGUGAAACUAACAGAUUUCGGUCUGUGUAAAGAACAUAUCCAAGAUGGUUCUAUGACACAUACAUUCUGUGGAACCAUAGAAUAUAUGGCCCCAGAAAUUUUGACUAGGAGUGGACAUGGAAAAGCAGUGGACUGGUGGUCACUUGGUGCCUUGAUGUAUGACAUGCUAACAGGAGCACCACCAUUCACUGCAGAGAAUAGGAAGAGAACAAUUGAGAAGAUUUUGAAAGGGAAGCUGAACUUACCCCCGUACCUGACGCCUGAUGCAAGAGAUUUAAUAAGAAAAUUACUGAAGCGCCAAAUGAGCCAGAGACUAGGCUCAGGACCAGGUGAUGGAGCUAUGAUAAAAAUGCACUCCUUUUUUAGACAUAUAUGUUGGGCUGAUGUGGUUGCUAGGAAAUUGGAACCCCCUUUUAAACCCUGUCUGUCCUCAGAUGAUGACGUAUCCCAGUUUGACACAAAAUUUACAAAACAGACACCAAUUGAUUCUCCAGAUGAAUCAACCCUGAGCGAAAGUGCCAAUUUAGUGUUUCAGGGUUUCACAUAUGUGGCACCAUCAGUUUUAGAGGAAAUGUAUAAACCUCCACGCAUAGUGAAAGCUAGAUCACCUCGUAAAUCAGCAUUUUCAACAACACCUUCUUUGCGGAAUCCUUUUAGUUCACCAAGACAUCAUUUAUCUCCUGCAGGCUUUCAUAAUUUUAGUGGAAAUAAUCGUGAUUAUAGUACUAUCUUAGAUGGAAACUGUCAAGAAGAAAUGAUGGAGAUUCAAGGAGUACCUCAUGUAUAGCCUAGGCUUGACAAUAGCUACAUUUUGAAGCAAUUUAUUUGACAGGGGUUGUGUUUGUGCUGAGCUUCAGUCACAUUUCGUCUUAUCCUUAAACUUAACCAUUGCCAAUUUAUUGAUUGUAUACUAUUGUGAAACUGCGUAUUACUUAGCAAUGACCGAAAGUGUUCAAAGGUUCUGCCGUGGCCUAACAAACCAAGCAUCCAAGCAAGUGAAUUUACUUGUUUUCAGCUUGUAAAAUCCAUUAUAAUACAACGGUGCUAGACUCAGAAUUGUCACACACAUUUACACACAUACACAUACACACGAUUUUUUGUAAUCUUUUAAUGCCUCAAAAAUAUGAAAUUAAUAUUAAUCAUGAAUUAUGCUCUUAGAAUGUAUAUAUUUGCUGUAUUUAUAUAAGUUAUUGCCUGUAAUUUGAUUUGUAUACAUAUUUUGAUAAGUUUCUUGCAAGCUGUAGCCUUUCCUGUCUUCAAUUUCAAUAUAUUACAUUUUUAGUGUUAACUAUUGAUAUAUGUUCUGCAUAUUUUGUACAUACGUUUGUUGGGUCUUUUUCUUCAAAGAUUGUGGAAUUAUAGAUUGACAAAAACAUUUAACUCUUUACAUUGUAUACUUCCUUAUUCCUUCACCUACCUCUCCUAAAAAUUUAUACCUGAAAAGAUACUAGUCUUCUUCCUACAAGUUGCUUAAAAGCACAUGCAAUUGUUCUUAUGACUGUUUAUUAAUAUCAAGAAAACGACUCUUGAGAACAAUGUUGACACACAUUCCAUUCAUUAAUGCCUAGUACAUUCUUUACAAGAUUCUUUAGAAGUCAGGUUGAAGUUCACGCUAAGAGCAUAAUUUAUGACAAUUUGCUGUUCUUAACUGUUUCUGGUAUAGAGCAUCAUGUAUUGUGUUUAUAUUGUUAAUUUCAAGAGGCUCUGCAAACAUUAUUUUGGGGACAUUUUUCCCACUCUUUAAAUUUUUCCCCCCCUUCUUUUGCAAUGCUUUUUAAUUUUUUUUUAAAUUUUUUUUUCUUCUUUUUUUAAAUAGUGAAUUGGUUGUUUCUAACUCUAUUACCAUAUUUACUCAAAUAUAAGACAUUACCCUUAAAUUUUGAAGAGACCUCCUAAGAAUGUAUAAAAUUUUUAAUUUUGUCUUACUUUUUAAUGAAAUUAAAUGUGUAGAAAAUUGUCUUGAUGAGAAUGUUUAAAUGAAUUGCCUGAGCUAUUACAAUUUUCUUGUUCCUUAAAAUCAUAAUUAUGUAUUUUGUUACCACCAUCUUCACAUGUAUAAUUGUUUCUUCCUUUAUAGUCCUCCUCCCAUGCUGUAUUGAUCUUGGUUUUUAGACCUCUCUGCUAAUUUUGCAUAUUCAAGUCAUGUUAAGUUCUUAGUCUGUCAUCUAAUGCCACCUAAAAACAUUCCCUUCUGCUUCACCAAAUUUCCGUUCUGUCUUGAAAUCUACAUUGUUUUACAUGUAUGUAUGGUUAAGAUGUAAGCAGAGUUCAUUUAAUUUCACAUUGCAUUUCCCUUCAUACAAUGCCAUUAGUUUGAAUUCUCUCUUUGCUGGGCUAUUCAAAAUAUUAGUCUUAAUUGCAUGGCAAACUUCCGGUGGAUACUGAGAAUAAAUCCGCAAAUGUAAUUAGGUAUUACAGAUACGCAUAUUUUGUCACUUUUCCAUCUUAUUGUUGGCAUGUAUGAGUUUCAUGGCAUGGAAAGUCUAAGUAAAAACGUAAAUCCUAACUGGCUAGGCUUAAUCUGCAAAUAUAAAGCAAUCCCAUAUUUUUUGAAUGAGAUAUUUAGGGAAAAACCUAAUCAUAUAUUCGGAUAAAAAUGGUAUAAAAGCACUUGUAUUAAUAAAGAAUGAUAUGAUAGGAUUUUCUACCACUUUAUCUAAAGACUUUGAUUGAAAAAUAUUAUUUUCAAAACUACCAUUUGUGUUGCUAUUCAAACAAAUUGAAGUGAUAUUUCUCUCUGUGAACUAAUCUAUUAAAACUUCAUCCCAGGAUGUUAUUUCCUCAAGAAUAAAAUUAGUUAGGGCCUUUUAGUAUAUGUGUGUUUUUGUGUAUUGCCUCUCCUUUCUCUUCUAUAUUUUCUUACCUACUUCCUCCUAUAUUUUUAUGAAAUAAGUUUUUGCUCUUUUGGAGCUUUUAUUUUUUAAUUGUGAGGUUCAUCUUAUUUACUUGAGUUCUGGUUAUGUCUUACAGUUGGCAAUAACUCGAAACAUCCCUAGUGAUUUAAAAAAGGGUACAAAUAUAGAGAAUCACUUAUUUUAGAAAAUCACAUUCAUUGAACUUGUUGUUUUUUACAUUUAUAGCUGGCAAUGAGAAAAUAUAUUUUAAAAAUAGUGUACAAAAUAAACAUACAAAGCUAUUUCCAAAGAUCCUAGAAUAUAUUGAAUUGCAGUUUCCAUUUGUCUUGCCAUUUUGUCCAUAAUUUCAAAUUUCAUUAAUUUCUUUGAUCCUUUUGUGAUGCAGUUUCACUUACUUUAGUGGCAUUAAUAAUUGUACAAAUUUACAUGUACUUCAUCCAAUGGGUGAUAUGCAGGCUCAUAAUUUUAGUGGUUCCAGGAGAGCAAUCUGACCUAAUAGCCCGUUUAUGUCACUGUCCUCAUUUAAACUUCUCAGUUGCUUACACAGUCGACCAAAUCCAUAGAAUUGGUUUUCUUUAUAUGAUUUGUAAGGAAGAUAAGUGAAACCGUUUAUUGAGAGAGAUUUCCAGUGCUUUAUUGGUCAUUUUUUCUGCCAUUAGUUCUGCCAAUGUGAUGUGCUUAGUACUAUGUUGCCAGUUGUACCAUUUGCUAUCACUCUGGCAUAUAUUCAUUGUUCUGUUUGCAAUUUACCUGUACUGUGUAAACAACUGUGUAAACUCAAAUUUCAAUUUCACGUAUUGUUAAUGAGAGAAUGUAGGAAUGUCCUUGGCUUUAUUGUACAUAAUAAAAAGUGUUACUGAAUGUAGUGCAUAUGAAAUGGAAAGUUGUUUUAACCUAGCAGAACCACACCAAUGUUAUUUUCUAAAAUAAGAAUCCAGAAGUAUUUUACUAAACAUUGUUUUGUAAAUAAUAUUUAUAUUGUCAAUUACUGAGGUUUCUGUUGUAAUGUACCUUCAGUUUUUACUCCAGUGAUCUCAUUAGAUUGUAAUUGAUCAAUGAUCAUAUCUCCAAAAUCAGUCUGACUUAAAUCGACUGAUAUCUUGAUUUCUUUGAUACCUUAUCUUGAUACCUUUGAUGAAAAGUGUAUUAAUACAUUUUAGCCCUUCAAUGCUUUGAUAAAUCAAUAAUGUUCAAGGAGAGAAACGUUACAACUUAUGUGAAUAGUUUUCCCAUACAAAUAGGUUCUUCCUACCUUCUAGUCACAUUUAGUUUUUGUAUAGGUUCAAUUUGAUAAUUUUAUUUAAACUUAAAUCCAAAACCUUUGAAUACCUAACUUAAAGACCUUAAUUUUUGCCCACUAAUAUGUUGAGAUUUUUUUAUAUUCUCUCCCUCUCUUUGCAGCUUCCUUACAACUCAGUCACUGUAAUUUCUGUCUGCUUUUUUAUAAAAUAUUUCAAUUACAGAAAAAUUCUCUUAUAAUAGAAUUAUUAUUUCUCAUCAGCUGUUCUAUCAUUCAGUGCAUAUCGGGCAUUUGUUAUUACAAAGAAUACUUUGCAUUAAUAUGAUUAAUAUAAACACUUUUCUGUUUAAUUUCAUUUAUUUAUUUGGACCAAAACUUGUUUCCUUUUUCUUUUGUUACUUUUGCUUACGAGUUUUCUUUUUUUCCUGCCAUUGAAACCUUCUUUGUUCAUUGGAAAACAAUUUUCAAUUUACUGUACUUUUUCUUUAAAAUCACAUCAUAGUGUUGAAAGUUUCCCGUAACUCUUUUGUUGAAGUCCCCAUUUACAAGUGUUACAUUACCUUGUACUGUAAUGAAAAUGACAAGUUAUAAUUCUAUAAAUGUAUGUAAUUUUGUUGUAUUCUCAAAUAACCUAGGAAAGUUUUGAAGAAUUUCAUCAGGAAUAUUCUUUGUUAAGAGUUCUAUUUUAUUUCGUAUUAAACUAUUUUUUUAAAUUUAUUUAUUUAUUUAUACUCCAAAAUGCUGUUUGCAGUGCUCCAAUGUAUUUCCUAAUCUCAAUAAAUUGUUGUAAAAAAUGUUUUAACUAAAUAACUUUGUGAGUGUAACGCUAAACGCAUAUCACAGGAAUGAAAUGUGGUAUGAAAUAGACCGAAAAUUGGCUGAGAGGGUGUAUUCUAAAUUCUGUAAUAAAACACUGAGGUCAUCUUACCAAAAAAGAAAAAAAACAACACUUGGAAUAAACUCUUUCAGUUUAUUUUUGGGUGAAAUGUUGGUAGUUUAAAAGAAUUUGUAAAUAGACAUAUUUUUUAGGAGUUUGCCUGUUAGUUUGACUAAAUGUUUUAUACAAAAAUGACAGAUUGAGGGAAAAGAGAAUUUUUAAGUUAAAGCAUGUUUUAGAAAAUUAGCUUCACUCCAUUUACUGUUCUUAAUUCAAACAAUAUUUUAAAGUUACCAGGUCAAAGAAUUUUUCAGUAUAAGUGACAUAAUGCCAAAUAUUGUGGCCGAAGGGAAAUAAAGUAGUGUGAAUUUUGUAUGAAAUUAGUCAUAUAGUUCUUGCCAACAAACAUAACUGAAAUAUUUUAUUGUGAAUGUAUAUCCUAUGAUACAAAGGUGGUUUGCAAGGGAUGCAGCUACACCAAGUUAAAAAUAUUGAGAAAAUAUUUUUCCUUAUGGUGGUUUUUUAGAUCAUCUAUGGCCACUAAACUUCUUUGGUAAAUAACCCUUUGAACACCUCUGUUGAAACUGCUCUUGUGGGUUGUGCCGUUGUGGCUAAGGGCUCAGCUGUGUGAAAUAUUAUUUUGCAUAUCCCAAUUAUAAGCUCACAUUAUUAUUACUUUUUAUUUAUUUGAAGUAGAAGGUUGAUGAAGAAAAUAAAAAUAUUCAUUGCUAGAAUUUCAUAAAAAGUAUAUAAACUUGUAUAUGUAUGUAUGAAUGUAAUGAGGGAAGUCUUUAUUCAAAGUAAGCUAUUAUUAGCUGAGUAAUUAUUUUUGUGCAAGGUUUGUUUGUUGAUUGCAUGAACUGGCAUAGGCUGUUUGGAAAAUAUGUAACAAAUUUUAAAGUAUGUGAUGUUUCAGUGCAACAUUAAUUGACUUUGCCAUCACAAAAAUUUAACAUGUAUCGUUUGCUUUUGUUACACAGUGGCUAAAGUGGAAGUGGAUUGUUUAAGGUUUACCUGAAUGUGAAACGAGUGAAGCAAAUAUUGACAAUUUUCUUAUUUUAAAGGAUUGGGGAUAUUUAGUUGUUUUUAUACUCUACUUAAAAGUACUCUUGUAUUCUCAAUACAAUUCUCAGAAACAUGUAGGAGCAAGGUCAAAUUUCGACUACAUUUUCUUAGAGUUCAGAGUUUUUUCUUACCAUUUCUGUGCACUUCAUCAUUGCAACUUUGUUUGAAAGCUAAGUGUGUAUUCUUUUCUCUAGCCUCUGAUGAGGGGAUAUGUGAUUGAAUCGUUCAAGGAACGUAGUUCAAAAAAUAAUUUUGUUUUAAUAUUGGUUUAUUAUUCUUUAGUAGGAUAAGUAAAGUUGAUUUUUAUGAAGAGAAUAUUUUGAAUGCUCAUACUCUACUUUUGAAAUAUUUACAUUACAUUUCAAGGAAAUUUCGACUAUUGAAAAUAAAUUAGAUAUAAAUGCAUUGGGCUAGUUAAAAAAGUGUAGUGAAGAUUUUCAUACACAUUUUGUAAAGUUACCAUUGUAUUAUACUCAUGCUCCUUAUGAUAUGUGAAUUGUAUUUGAAUAUUGACAGUGAUUUAGAUUAUUUAUUAUAGUAAUAUUAAUAAUAAUGGCACAACAAUCGAUUGAUAUUAACAUGCGUUGCAAGGACAUUUUCCCUAAUGAGUCAAUGAGUUUAAAAUAUAUGGUAAGAAAAGAAAAGAUUAAAACUAUAUUAAACAGUAGUUAAAAUUCAAAAUCUCUAUACUCACAUGUAAAGAUUCUUGAAAUAUGAUCAAAGUUAAUUUGUCAUUUUAUAUGUAUUGCCUUUACUCUUCAAUAUUUUCUCAAAGUGUAUCAGAAUUUCUAGUUGUAUAUUUAUCAGUGAUGAUUAUGAUUCCUUACUCUCCUCUCACCCUGUAAUUAUUAUCCUGAACUCAUGUAUUCUACGAUUCAUUUAAUCUUGCUUUUAAAUUGAACUAGCAUAUGUGGCAUUCAGUGUGUUGAGAAAAGUCAAGCUCAUAUUGUAGUGCUUCCACCAAGCAGCUUUGUUAGCUUCACAUCAAGGUUAAAAGAUGAAUUACAGUGAUAACCUCAAGUCAAUUUCUGUGGCUUCCUUAUUUAUUAAAGUUACUCAGUGAAUAAUUUAUUAAUGUGCUGUUUAGCAGAAACAUAUUUAAAUGGGUAAUUGAGGCUCCAGAAUAUUGAUCUGUGGUCCAAAAUGCUACUUUAACAAAAAUUUUACAUAAUUAUGAAUGCUGAAUAUCUAAAUGAGAGUAUGUAAAAAUUCUCUAUGAAAGUGAUCUGCAACCAUUACAUGGCACAUCAAUAUUACCUAUAAAAUGUUGGCAUUUUAUGCACAUGUUACAUAAAAACACAAAGCAACAACAUAAAAUGCAAGAAUGGGCAUAUACAAAUAUAAUUUUACUCAUUUUUGUAUUAGGUAUAGUUUGUAUUACAGAAAAUCUGGUAUGUGUAAUAUUUGUCUAAAUUUCUCUGGAACAUUUUACUAUCUAUAACAUCGUCAUUACUUGAUUUAAUACCUUUCCUAAACCUCUUGAGAGGCCUGUUUGGAGUGAAUACCUUUUCCAAGGCAUCAGAAUUUAAUUUGAGAGUAAACAUAAAAGGAAAAAUAACGAUUGAUUGUGGCUGGAUAAAAAAGGAGAAAAAAUAUUCAAAUUAAGAAGGUAGAUAUACAAGGAUCUGUAUUUGUGUUGCACAGUACAUUUGAGUGUAAUUUAAACAUUGCUGAAAUUAAAUGUACGGGGAAGAGUAUGCCAUGUUGAAUGAUUGUUGUACCUGGUUUAAAUUCGAAUUAUUGCUGUAUUGAUUUAAAAGUAUAUUAAUCAGGGUACAAUAAACGUUAUAUGAUCACACUAAGACUAACCUGGAGACUCCUGCAGCCUUGGUAGACAGAUUAUCAUACCUUAGUUUUCUCUAGACAGCUAUGUCACCCUCUACCAAGGACAAUGAUCUCUAUAGUCAAAAUAUUUGAUAAUGGGAAUGGCCAUAGAAACUUUCGAUUGCAGCUAUACAGCAAAUCAUGUAUUUUCUUAUUCUGAGAACAUCAACAUAUAAUGGUGCUUCUGGCCUCUGAUGUGUAUGGUUCUGCAGAAGAGCACAUCCAACUCUUUAAGAAUUGUUAAUUAAAAAAUAGAAAUGUUACCAGAGAAAUUCUUUUUUUUUCCGUCUUUAUCUGAAGUUUGAUUUUUUUAAUAUAUAUAUAUAUUUAUUUUUUUAAAUUAUUAUAAUAUGUUUUGGUGUGUCAUCUCAUAAUGUUACCAAUAAGGCAUGCAUCUAGUACUGUUGGCUGUUUGCACGAUGAACAGUUCCAGUAAUAUUUUAGAAUUGUUUGGUUGAGUAAGUUGUUUUAUUUUAAGUGUACAACAUUUUUUAUUUGUUUGAAUUGAUUUGAUCUUGUACAGAGUAUGUAAUAAAUGUAUUCUGUUCUAUUUUAAUGUGGAAAUAAUUGAAAUAUUUGCAUCAUUACAGAUAAAAUGAAGUUUAUGAAAUUAUUAUUAAAAUGAAGUUAAAAUGUGUUUAAUUCUACUUAUAAGAUACCUAUUUUCUUUAUAAAUUGUUACAGCUAUAUUACAGAAAUCGAAUCAAAUAUUGUCAUCUCCAGUGAUUCUAAAUUUUGUCUUUCUUAGUGAAUUUUUUGCCUGUUCACUGAAAGUAAAGGUUCUGCCCUUGCAUCUGGGGGUGAAGAAUUUAAAAGUAAUGGUCAUGAUGGAGUUAGAUGUAGCAGACAAAUGUUGAAUUGUUUUCAUUUGAUAUCACUCAGUUUUUAUGUUUUAUAAUAAAACUGUUAGUUUUAUUCAGUA